AUGGAGAAACGUGACUUAGAGGAACAGUUGGCAGAAGCAGACAUGUUGCUAGAACACACUGGAAUGAGGCGAAGAGGAGCAGUCCCAGCGCACCACUCUGAGGGGAGGAGCCAACUCCUCCCACUACCACCGCCCCAUCAUGGGGGAGGGGGGCGUGGAGGGCAGCACAGCACCCGCCUCUAUCCGACACUGCACGGCUUGGACCCAGCAGCGCCACCUGCCAUGGUGGAGGCUUCUGGAAGUGCAGUGGACAUCUCUGACACUAUUGAGCUGGGAGGCAGUUUCAUCGCACACUAUCCGGCUAUUGAAGGUCUGUUUGAGCCAAUGAACAGCACCCCACCUGGCGGGUACCAACAGCCGACAGGGAGAGGCCCCUGCUUCCAACAAUCUACAGCUGAUGCUCAAGCAAGCAUGGGCCUAGCAACAGGCCCUGGCCUCUACGCUUCAUAUGUGACCCACUACCAACAACCUGCUCAACCCCAGCAGGGCCAAUUUCAGCCACUGGCCACUGCUACAGCACCCACUCCAACACCAUCCAUGCUGUUACCAGCGCCACCUGCAACCAUUCCCCAAUACCUGUCGCCCGAACAAGCCAACCAAGCACCAGCGAAUGAUGACCCCAAGACCAAGAGGCGCAGACCACCAGCAGAGGGAUGGGAUGUCUGGGAUGAAUCAGCUGAUGAGGCCCUCAUAUGCCCAGUACGCACAGUAGCCAACGCUGAUGGUGUGUCUGUGUUCUACCAACCAGCAAAGGGCGACGAAAUCCAGAAGUGGUCCGCCGCCAUACAACACCCUCGGGAUGCCGGACGGCAUACCUGGACGAAGAUAAAAGAACUCAAGGAGAUGAGAGACCUGCACCCUUUUGACGCAUUGAAGAUCCUCCAUCGUGUGCUGAAUGUCAGGGAAAGAGAACACCUUCGAACCCUUGUCGUAACAGCUUUGGGAGAAAACCAGUUGCAGUUGGAUGACGCAUGGGAAGAAAUCCGUCGGUGGCUACGACAACAAGCAAAGACCACAGUUGACUGGUCCAAGAUCUCCGCUUGCCUGCAGAAGGAGGGAGAGUCUGUGGACGCCUACGGGAACCGCUUCAUGGAACUCUAUCUGCAAUACGGGGGAAUGAACCACGACUCCGACACCAUCGCAGCAGCCUGUGAGGCGCCUUUGAAGAGUCAAUAUCUUCGGGGGCUCCUGCCUGACAUCCAAAAAAGAGUAAAACUCAUUUUCGCCAACUGGGAGGAUGACAAUAUUGAUUUCCAUCAAGUCAUGAAUUGUGCCAUCUGA